UAUACAGUGGAAAGUACUAGAAAGAAAUCACACCCACGCUUUGUUUCUCUCUCUACCUAUAAAUCCCCUCACAGCUGUCCUCUGCUUCCAGUGUCCUGUGCUUUUAGGGUUUUAACAUUUUACUUCCCCAUUCAAUACUAAAAAUGAGUCGUCAUCCCGAGGUGAAGUGGGCCCAGAGGUUGGACAAAGUUUUUAUUACAGUGCUGUUGCCAGAUGCCAAAAAUGCAAAGGUCAAUCUUGAGCCAGAAGGUGUGUUUACAUUCUCUGCUAGUGCUGGAGCAGAAGACCAUCUUUAUGAACUGAAGUUGGAACUCCAUGAUAAGGUUAAUGUGGAGGAAAGCAAAAUUAAUAUUGGGGUAAGAAGUAUAUUCUGCAUCCUUGAGAAGGCUGAGAAAGUUUGGUGGAAGAAGCUAUUGCGUGGAGAUGGCAAGCCACCGCAUUAUCUCAAAGUAGAUUGGGACAAAUGGGUAGAUGAAGAUGAAGAUGACGGUGGUUUAGCUAACAAUUUUGACCUCGGAGGAAUGGAUUUCUCAAAUUUUGGUAAUAUGGGAAUGGGAGGAAUGGGUGAUGAUGCUAUGGGUGAAUUUGACGAGAGUGAUGAUGAGGAUCAAGAAGUGGCAAAGCCUGGCAAGGCAGAAGGAGCUGCAAAGACCGAUGAUAAAGAAAAUCUAGAAGAGAAAAAGGAAGCUGCUUCAAGCACAUAAUUUAGUUGAAGAUGUUAAUUUACUGAAAUGGUAGUUGCUCUGUUAAAUUUUUCGGUAUUCAUGACUAAUUAAAGGAGUGCCUUUUUUCCUUAGCUGAGUGGAGUUUAGAUUUGCCUUGUCUUCCAUGCUGUCUGACAUUAGUUUGUCUUAUAGACAGUUGAAAAUGCUCUUUUAACUUGGAUUAGAAUGUUGUACUUUUAGUCAUAUGCAUCGUGGAUGAUUAUUUGAACCCGAUAUUACUGUAGUCAAGUAAAAGUGAUUGUUGGCUUGGUUAUUGCCGAUUGGAGGA